UCUUUCCGCACCGCUUCUUCUGUAAGAAGAGGAGGUCGUGGGGCAUCUGGGAAGAUGUUCUUUGUGACAGGUGCCAAAAGUGCGGGAGGGGCAGCAUCGGGAGGAGGAGCGACGAGGUACACUGUCACUCUGAAAACCACUCUAUUUUAAUCAUUCAUUUUCAUAUAUUUUAUGCUGACAUGCAGUGGAGGUUCCUCCAAGAAGGAAACAGAGAAUGGUUCUCCUGAUUUAAAUUGAGAAAAAUGUCAACUGAUUCAACAAAUAAAACAAAAAUAUCCUCCUUGUAAAAUGAAUUGAAAUGGACUUGACCCCAACAUUGGCCUGACCACCACCUCAGGUCCAUCUACCAGAAAUUCCGAGAUGUUGACCUGCUGGACAAGAAGAAGACGGUGACGGCUAUGAAGGCUGGGGAGGACCGGGCUAUUCUCCUGGGCCUGGGCAUGGUCAUUGCGUCAGUCAUGAUGUACUUUGUCCUGGGCAUCACUGUACUGCGCUCCUACGCAGGCAGGUACUGGACUAUCAAUCUGACAGUGGAUUGUUUUGGGUGUAUUUUAUGCUUUUGGGUGCCCUCUGCUUUUGCUCAUUCUGAAAGACUGCAAUUCAAUCAAUCUGCCUUUGUAGUGUUCAUGCGGUAUGUUAGUUUUUCAGUAUUUUCUGUGUGCAAGUCACUGCACAACAUGCCACAAUAUUAUGGAGGGUUAUCAGUGCCAAUUCUAAAAUGCAAUGCUUAAAUGCUAAAUUGAAAAUGUGAAAAUGACGCAUCUACCUCCGAGGGGAGUCUACCUGGUAUUUUUACACCCCAAAAUCUUUCUGCAAUUUUUAUUUGAAUACAGAGAAAAUAUAUGUUUACAUGCCACUGUGUAAAUCCUACAAUAGCCUUGAAUUAUUCCCCUCAUCUCUCCAUAUAGUGUGUGGACAGAGGAGAGUGUCUGUGUUGUGCUCAACUCCACCAUCACGGCAGACGUGAACUGUUCCUACAGCUGUGGCUCGGACUGCUGGAGAGGCUCCAGGUUCCCCUGUCUGCAGGUCUACGUCAGCGUCAACACCACGGGCAGGCUCAGCCGCUUAUCCCACAACGAGGAGAGUUGGGACGCCAACUUUGAGGUGAACGGACGGUCAGAAUGGAGGUUUUGAAAGACUGGAAGGGCGUAUGUUGACACAGGGCUUGUGACAUGCUGACCACACCGCUCACUGAUACGUGCGCGAGCGUUGCAAAAUAAAUGUACACAUACCUGUUAUUCAAUCGUUUCAUCUAAACUGCUUGCGUGCGUCAACGCAGUGUUGCCAACUCCUCAGUAAGGAAAGUAGCUAUUGGCUGUCCUAAAAGUCGCUAGAAGUCGCUAAAUGAUGUCAGCACCUAAUUUGCAUAAUUGGCCAUGUGCAUGUAAUUGUGAUGGACGCUGGAGGAGAGAAGAAUAACGUCGUGGGAGAGACAAAAAGUGAGUAAACAACACCCUAAAUAUGUUUAGAACUACAAAUGAACUUUCUUCUGUCGAUUCUUGUUUUUUUUUAUGUCACAAUUCCAACCCUCCUCCUUUUAUCCGGACUUGGGACCGGCAAAAGUAACCCAAAAGAGACACUCUGGCUGGUUUUUUUAUAUUUUUUUAUUUAAUGUAAUACAAAAAAUUAAAAAUGUUUCGUUUUCUUAAGUUUGGUUUGGUUUUUAACCUUAUGGUCCACUUAGAGUCUACAACAAGUCACAGUAAAACAUUCACAUUUUUAACCAAAACAUUUAAAACAUUUUUUUGUAUACAAUCUACAUUAACAAUCUAAAUGGACCAAAAAGAGACAAUAAAAAAAACUGUCAAUGGCAAUGUGAGAAAAUGAUGGUAACUAGUCUGGCCCUAAUUCAGGUUAAUUGUUGUUGUUUUUCAGACCCCCCUCCACACACACACAGGCUGUGCUGGCUCACAGAAAGAGUGGGUCAUCGUCAUUUUGGUCAAGGCUCUCUAUGGCAGGUUCAGCAACUGAGGGAGCUGACUUAAAUGAGUAAGCAGCUGAUGUGCCAAAAAGCUGCAAAACAUUAUCAGACAGCUGGUGCUCAUAGCAAGCCUCACCAGACAGCUUCAGUCCAUAUCGAAUGUACAGGAUGGAGUUAAGGGUCUGCAAGGACAUCCGAUUCUAAGUUUGCUUUUUACCACACUCAUCUGGCUGAAUACUCUCUCGACUUCAGCAUUCGAGUGUGGCAAGGACAACACAGACACAGCAGCCAUGGCAAGUUCUUGAAACGGGUUGAUAUCAGCUGCAUCCCUGAACUUCCAAAUCUCACUCCAGAAGCCCAGUGUGUUUUUAGUCUCAUUCCAUUUACUAAAAUGGAUGGCACGCCAUUGCUGGAUAAUCUUGUCUAUCUCUGCAGGGGAGUAGCCAAGGAGCUUGGCUAUUUUUUCUAUUUCUCCAGGGCUCUUAUUGUGCUUUAGAGUUUCCUCCACAUUGAAAACUGACAUGUACUGCAAUGCUUCGAUGUUGUCCGGCAGUCUCACUCUCAACUCAUUAGUGAGGGAGAUGGUGAAGGCUACACACCACUUUCGGACAUUGUUUUCAUCCUCAGGCGCAAGGUGGAGCUCAGCUGCCUUUGACUCAAAAAGGUAACCAAGGUAUGGUUUGGAACUGAUGUAUCCAUCUAUUGGCCCUUUGAGUACAUCAACAUUUGCCAGUGGAUUCAGCACCCUGCUGCUCACAGACUUGAUCAGGCUAACCAAGCUGUCAAGUAGCUUAAGAGGAUCUACUUGCUCUCCUUCAAAAGCCUUGAUGGCCAACUGUACCUCACCCAGCACUGACUUCAAAAAAGUCAGAUACAAUAUGAUUUGAGGAUCACUGUACAUGGAGUAUAAAACCUCAGCCAUGUAGCAGUGUUCACUGGACUUGGUGACUGCGAAAUGCAGCCUAAGCUCCUCCCACUGGUCCAAAAUGCGUGAAACUGCGGGUUCAAUGGAGAGCCAACGUGUGGCACACACCUUGGUUAUCUGUAAAGGUUUCUCCCCACAGUUGAUGGUCUCAUAUAUGGCCUUGUAGGCCUCCCUGCGCUUUGGAGACACUGUUAUAAGUCUCUCGUACCAAGUACUCCACACUACGGGGGAUGGUGUCAUUGGAAGCAUGACUUACAGCAAGCUGCAGAGAGUGGCACACACAGCGAAUAAGAACCAGAUCGUUGAGGCCAUACUCCUCCUUCAGCACUUUAUGGACCCCAUUGUUAAUCCCCGUCAUAACAGAGGCAUUGUCAGUCCAUGUCCCCAGGAGUUUCUCUUUUUUAAGACAACACUUCUCGAGGAAAGCCACAACAGCACGGGCUAUAGAUUUGGCAUCUCCUCCCUCCAACUCAACAAGCCCCAGAAAUGUUGAUACAAUUGUCUGCUUGGUGUCACUAACGUACCUUAUCACAACCCCCAGGUACUUAGAAACACUUACAUCCGUGGACUCAUCGAGGAGGAGGCUGAAACGCUGGUCACCCAUAUCUGCGACCAACUUUUUCAGAAAGUAUGGUGCUAGAACACCAUUAAUCAUUUCUGUGCACUUUGUCCUGUGCAUUUUGAAGUGGGUAGCAGCAGUGGAGUCUGAGAAAGCAGCUCUACGUGCUUCUCCAAUGUGAUCACAUGCCAGCAUGGAACAGUGUUCAGCGAUAGCAAAUGCCAUGGUGGCCUCAGCCUUUUUUGCAGAGAAAAUUAUUUUAACCAUAAAUGGCAGCUUGUUUUGGGUGGAACUGUUAAAAGGCUUUGCCUUUUGAGUAUGUUUUUGAGUUGUCAUGUGUUUUUUUACAUUACUAAGUUUGGCAUAGAAAUCAGCCUUACAUUACAGGCAGUAUGCCUGUGUAUCAUCUCCAAUAAACGUCUUCAACCAGCCUUUGAAUUCAGGGUUUGAUUCCCACUCCUUUCUGUAUUUUUGAGUGAACAGUUUAGACUGAGACAUGAUGAGCUAGCCAGCUAGAUGUUUAGCUUAUGUCACAGAGAGGCACACACACAGUGGACGAGGUGAGCAAGUGACUGAGGCUGUGUGAGUCAAAUGCAGUGAUUUAUUUUGUGCAGUGAUUUAUUUUAGACAAAGAACAUUUUACAUUUACAUCCCGCCCUGAAUGUAAGCCAGGGCGGGAUCAGCCAGCGGCAGCUUCCCGCGAUUCAUUUGCAGUCUGGACGCGGAGGGGUGAACGUCUCCUGCUCUGACUGCAGCUGGGAGGGACUGCUGCGCGAGGACUGGGCCGCCUGUGAGUGCUUUGGGACGGGGGUGGGGCCCACGGCAGAACCCGCUGCUCGUUGAGAAGAGUUAGAACGAUACGUGCUUUCACGUCAGAGUCUCCAAAAGUCUCCAAUAACACCAGAAAAAGUAACUCGAUUUGUCGCUAGUCGAGCUUUUGAAAAUGUGUCGCUAGAGGGGUCUGAAUACUCGCUGCGUCAACGAGCGUUGCGUAGCCAGGCGCUAAAAUAGAACUUGGUUCUAUUUUUGACGCAUGACACGCUGCAAGUCCCGCCUCUCUCAUCUCUUCAUUGGUUUUUAGGAGCAUAUACCCGCGUGGGUGAUUGAAAGAUGAACUGAGGUCCACACUCCAGUCCAGUUGGUGGUGGUAAUGCACCUUAAAGUUGGUUGCCAACCGCCAUAUAAAGUCCACAGAAGAAGAAGAAGAAGAAGACGAAGAAGACUGAAGGAGGAGAGAUUACUAGAAACUAACUAGGUUUCCCCUUUUAUCUGUGGAUUAAUUGUCGGAGUAGAGAACACAAAUUUUACAAAGAAGAUUGUAAAAAAAAGUACCUUGUGCAUUUCAGGUAAAAUAACCACCCAAUGUUUAUAUCCCAGAACAAAUUAGCUAGCAACAGCAAGCUAGCUAGCUAGCUAAAUGGCCAUGAAUGUUUCAUGUGUUUUGACCUGUCCCCAAAUUAAUAUAGUUGGUUCAGAGUUCAUUUUGAUAUUUCAACCUGCGUGUCCUGAUCACAUCUGGUGUGGAUGGACAAAAUCAACAUGCGCGCCCGGUCUAGUCAGCAUGUGAGCUAGCAGGACUGCUUCUUCCUGUUCAGGUGGUCUGGGAAACUCCUUGCCCUAUGCAUGCGCUAUGUCCCUGUUUCUCUCAACAGGAAGAAAUGUUUAUUUGUACAAAUAAAUAUUUAUGUUGAGUAUCAAGGGAUGCUUACUAAGCCUGUAGGUUAGGUAUGCACGCUGAAGGCCCCCGAACUAACAUCAACGUCACCCACCCACUUUUCUUUUCUAUUUCCAGUGUUUCUACGUGCCAAAGUGCCAGAAGGACACCGAUGCCAUGCACCACAUUAUCAUGAACAUCUCAGAACGCCUGAAGCCACACCAGCAGGUCCUGUGCUACUACGACCCCAGCGACCAGCAGGAGAGUGCCCUUCUGACCCGGCAGUACGGCCACAGUGCCGUCUUCCACUCGCUCUUCUGGCCCUCCUGCAUGCUCACGGUGGGCACUGCCAUCAUCUUCAUGGUCAAACUCACCCAGUACCUCUCCAUUAUGUGCGAGCAGGUAGUCAAGAUCGAAAGGUGAAGCUUGUUAGCGUGGCAGCUGAGAGCGACAAACAUGGCCGCCAGUCCGGACAGAUGAUGACAUGAAAGGGAUUGUAUUAACCGCAUGACACUGUGACCUCUUGUAAUGUUGCUCUCUCAGCGCUGAGACAUUUGGAACAGGUGGCUGGACUGGCUUCCGUUCCACUCAGUGA